AUGGCCACUAUAACCGCGGUAGAAACGCCCUUCGGGCACUCGCUGCCUCCGGAAGGGCCGCACACGGUCACUCUCCAUGCGCCGAAAUGGGAGAGCGCCCUCAGGUUCCGCGAUGGUGAUAUGAGCCUGUUCGCUCAGCUCAAGAGCGUGUACCCGCGCUUCUUUCCGUUUGGACCAUCCGCAGCCCUCAUGCAGGGUAUCUGUAAGCAACUGAAGCUGGCAGAGGGCCGCAACAUCGUGGCGUUCCUGUCCCCAGAGGUGUGGCAUGAGAACAGAGACCACGCCGUGUCCAAGUUCCGCAAGGAGAAGGCGCUCACGGAGGACGAGAUGACGUACCACGUUGUCGAGAUCGACGGCAUUCGGCUCUAUCUGCUGGAGUUCCCGUCACCGAAGAUGAUGGGCGCCAUCUUCAUGUGGCAGCAUGCUGGACGCGGCUUCUCGACGCGGCUCGGUGAGCACCUCCUGGCGAAGCUCGAUACGUUCAAGGAUCUGGGAACAUUCCCCGGCGGCAACGGCGCUCCGUCACCGACGUACCUGCCGGAAGUCGAGAGCCAUGGACUGCUGCGUAAGAGGAUAGCCGGGCUCCUCAUGCGUGCUACCGUGGAGCAGUAUGCGAAACCCGUCCAGCCCGAUGAUGUUUACCUGUACCAAUCCGGCAUGGCGGGUAUCUCGCAGUUCCACGAGAUAGCUAUGAAAUCUCGGCCUUACCCUGUUGCCGUAUUUGGUGCUGUAUUCCAUAGCAGUUGGCAUCUCUUUGAAGAGAGUCCAGGCGGUCUGAAGCACUACGGGAAAUGUGACGAGGACGAUUUGAACGAGUUCGAAAAGUACCUUGAGCAAGGCGGUCAGUGCAGUUACGUCUUUACAGAAUUCCCAUCGAACCCGAUCCUUGUCAGCGUUGAUCUACUUAGGCUACGGAAGCUGGCCGACAAAUACGGGUUCUGGAUGGUAGUUGACGAUACCGUCUCCUCAUUUUGUAACAUCGACGUCCUCCCCGUGGCCGAUGUCAUCAUUACCUCACUCAGCAAGUCAUUAUCAGGAUAUGCCGAUCUACUUGCAGGUUCUAUCGCAUUGAACCCAAACAAAGCCAGUUAUAACACUCUCAAACCACUACUAAGCGAAGCCUUCCAUAACGAGUUCUUUUCUGGAGAUGCUGAUCAACUAUUCAAGAACAGCGAUGACUAUCUGCCGCGCUCUGUGGUGCUUAACCGUAACGCCGCUGCUAUGACUGCAUACUUUCAGACUCAAGCCGAAGACGCCAAGGUCCCCAUUACCAGAGUGAUGUACCCUCCGCACGCGGACGGUUCCGAGAACCUCUUGCCAUUCAUUCGCAAGCCGAGCCCGGAAUUUCCCGAGUUAGGGUACGGUUGUUUGUUCUCAGUCGAGCUAGAGACCAUCGAGCAGACACAAGUGUUCUACGACAGCCUCGCAUUCCACCAAGGGCCGCACCUCGGCGCACACCUGACCAUCUGCAUGCCCUACAACGCCAUGAUCUACGGGAAGGAGGAUCCAGAGUACCACGCGGCCUACGGCCUCAAGGCGCAGCAGAUCCGGUUCAGCGCGGGCCUCGAGGACGAGGCUUACCUGGUCGACGUCUGCAGGAAGGCCGUCGCGACUCUGAUGGAGUCCGGUGCCCAGGUCAAGGAGGGCGGCGAUCUGGCGAGCGAGAUGCUGGAGAUCAAGGCCGAUGCGGUCGGCGACGGGAAGACAGGCUUGGAUCCAAUUGGUGGUACCGGCGUGUAA